AUGGAACAUGGAAGUGGAAAUUGGAUUAUAGCCCUGGAUGGAGGAGUAUGGCGGAAUCCGCCCGGGGGCCGCAAUUCUGGCCACAUUACUCAAGUGGCUGGCUGGUCCCAUGGGGAUGUCAUCACAGAUAGAAAACCGGACAGUGGAGGAAGUAGGACGGCAGGAUGCAACGAAUCCUUUCCUCUUCGCUCCGAUAGCUAUGGGGGCGAGGGAGCGAGGCUGUCCUCCGGUGCAGCACGCUCCCACCCCUCUUGGGACCGGGGAGAGGAUAACGGCAGUCUCCACGGCAGAGACAACGACCUCAGAGGGACCCAGUUGCUCGAGGACCAGGCCAAACAUGACGAUAUGCCGGUGGAGCAGUUACGGACCUUCUCAAAUGGAUCAGGUCCUCUGCGAUCCAGAACCACGAUCAUCCAAGGCGUCCACUCCCAGGUUCACUGCGGCCGGAGCGAUCGUCAGGAGUCCACCAUUGUGCAGAUUGCGGUGGAUAACGGAGUGAUGCCGCACGAGAGUUGGGUUGGGCACAAGCGAUGA